AUGCCACAUAGUGUAACAUUAUUAGGUGGCAGUGAAGAUAAACCUUUUGAAUCGUACAUUGUUAAUGUAGAUCUUUUUCUCAGCACUAACCAUUCAUAUGUCGACAUUGAUAUGAAUAAAAUAAGAGAAGAAAAUAAUUUAAAUGAUAUUGAUAAUAAUUGUGACGGAAUUGCUUCAGAAGCAAUGAGAAUUUCAAAAUUAUUAGAAUUAAAAUAUCAAAAGAAGUCAAGAGUAAAAGGUAUUCAUUUGAGUAAGGCAGAUUUAAAGAAGAAAGAUUAUGGUUAUAUCCCAGAAGAUGAUUUUAUUGACGAUGAAGAAGAUUUUGAUGAGUUAAUACCAUUUCAUUUAGAUACAGCUUUAGGUGGAUGUUAUGUUAAUGAAGGUCCUUCAGAAUUGAAAGCGGUUAUUGAAAUAGAUGCUGAAGAAGCUAUGCUAGAAGAAGAUGAUUCAGAUGAGGAAAAGACUGAUGAUGAAUUGACUACUCUAGAAAAACAAAGUAUUCCAGAAAAACCUAUAUCUGAGUCUAGUGCGGAUGAAGUACAUACUGAAGAGGAAGAAAAUCUUAAAAAAAGGAGAGCAACAACACCUCCUUCUGAGAUAUCAAAGAAAUUAAAAUAUACAAAUUCUGAAGUUUCAUCAACAGAAAAUACUAUACAGGCUACAACAAAAGUAACACCUCCAAACCCUAAUAUGAAUCGUCAAUUAAUGGAAACCUUAAACAGCUUAAUACUUUUGGUUAAGGAGAAGUCUGAUCCUUCUAGAAAAUUCCGUUUAAAUGAUGAAAUUAUGAGUUUGUUUGAUGAAAUUAUAAAAACAUGUGAAAAGGAGAACUUUAAGAAUCGUGAUAUAAAUCGGAUGUAUCAGUAUGUUGCAGAUCAGAUGAAUAUUCAUCCAGCCAAUUUGAAGGAAAAACUUAAAACAUUCAGGACGAAUGGUACAUUAGGGUAUCAUACUUCAUCAAAUGGUAGUUUAGAAGCUCACGAUGUUCCUAAAGUAGUAAAUAAUGGUAUUCAAGAUAAAACAAAAGUAGAUCAACAACAAAAAACUGUUUUAAUACAGGAUGCUCCUUCAUCUUCUAAUCGUGUAGAAGCUGGAGAUAUUCUUAUUACACAUAUAAAGAAACUAGUUUCUGAUGAUAUUGAAAAGAAAGUCAGAACAGAGGUAAAUGCUUCUAUCAAAGCAAGUGAUAAUAAAAAGGAUAAUCUUAUAUGGUCUAGCACAUUAACUAAUUACAUUCAACAAUUUUUAAAAUUAUUUAUUGAAAGUAUUGCAAGUGAACCUACUAUUACUGCGAAUAUGGUUGUAGAUACAUUUAAAAAAGCUAUUUAUGAUAUACUAUAUCCAUAUUUUUCUGAAUGUGGGAAUACACAACAUGAUUUUCAAUCAAAAAUUAAGCCACAUAUUGAAGCGUAUCAUUCGGAAAUCAAUAGUAUUGUUAACAAAAAGCAACAAAACGGUGUAGGAAAUUCAUCAGGGAAACAAUCACCAGUAACAAAUACAUCUAAACAUAAAAAAGACCAACCAAAACAAAUUACAGAGCAAACAUCGACUUCCACAAAAUCAAAUAAAACUAUUAUUGAUAAGAGUAAACAGGCAGAUUUUGAAAAACAAAUAAAAACUUUGGUAAUAUCAGGAAAUUUAACUCAAUUAGAAGUCGCUGAAACAAUGUUAAAUGACAGUAGCCUGCAGGAGUAUAUUUCGAAAGAUUCAAUUGCUACAUUAAGAUCUCUUAUUCAGGCACGUAAACAAGCGUUAAAACAAAAUACUUCUUUUGGUAAGAACAGUUCAUCAGUACAACAAAAAAAUCACACUAUAGCAACAAAUUCUAGUUCUUCAACAAAUGGUACAUCCAAAGGUGUUGCUCGUACAUCAAGUAAUACAAACAACGCACAAGUUUCAAGUAACAAACAGUCUUCUUUAAAUGUAGCACAAAGUGUUAUUGCUCAAAGUAUGAAACAAGCAGUUAAUCAACAAUAUUUGCAACAACAAAAUGUCAUUUCAUCUCUUGUUACAUUUCUUUCGCAGAAUCAAAAUAGAAUUCCUCAAAAUAUUAUGCAACUAAGAAAUAUUGGCUUAUCAGAAGCACAGCUAAGUGCUUUACUAAGUAAUCCAAAUCAGCAAUUUUUUGCUGAGUUAAUUAAACAGGCAGCAAGGAAUAGGCAAUAA